UCUCAUUACACAGCAUAACACAACGCAACGAAACACAACCCUCUCUCUCUCUCUCUCUCUCGCUCGCUCGUUAACUCGGUCUGGUUACGAGUUACGUCCCUGUUCGGACGCGCUUCUCUGAACACACACAGACGCGCGCUUUCGGUUAUCGUUGUUAUUAUCCGGUGUUUGGUUGAGCAUUGUAAGAAUUGCGCCCUCGCUGGCCGGCGAUCUGAGGUCGGAGAUCUCGGCGGUCGGUAAUGCGCGUCGGAGGCGAGGGUGGCGGCGGCGGGUUUUGGAUCUGGGAUUGGGGAAAUUGAGCGGCGAAUUAGGGUUGGUGAGGGGGGGUGCAUUUAUGAAGGAGGCGGUGCUGGGUGGGGGAGAGAAGAGUGAGAGGAAGAGAGGGAGGGUGGUGUGGGAAGGGUUCAUGACGAUGGGCUUCGGCAACACCAACAACGGUAAGGUGAAGAAUUCGGUGAGGCCUUCCACCAUGAAGCUCUGGAUGAUACGCGCGACCACAUCGGUCUUACUGUGGACCUGCGUCGUUCAGUUAACCGCGUUGGGUGACACGUGGGGGCCCAGAGUUUUGAAGGGCUGGCCUUCCUGCUUCACCCACGAGUCCGCGCUCAUUGAGUUUCCGUCUUCCACACCCGCGGUUCUCCCUCCCAAGAGGGUUUAUAAAAACAACGGCUAUUUGAUGGUGUCGUGCAAUGGAGGAUUGAACCAAAUGAGAGCGGCGAUAUGUGACAUGGUGGCGAUUGCAAGGUAUUUAAAUGUGACGCUUAUAGUGCCGGAAUUGGAUAAAGCGUCCUUUUGGGCUGACCCCAGGAUCUCUUCUCAGAGUGUUCGUUACUUUUGUGUCAGUGAGUUCCAAGACAUAUUCGAUGUGGAUCAUUUUAUUACAUCCUUGAGGGAUGAGGUGAGGAUAUUGAAAGAGUUGCCUCCAAGACUCAAGACGAGAGUGGAAAAUGGAUUGUUUUACAGCAUGCCACCGAUUAGUUGGUCUGAUUUAUCUUACUAUAAGAACCAGAUUCUACCUUUGAUACAAAAGUACAAAGUUGUCCAUUUAAAUCGAACAGAUGCCCGGCUGGCCAAUAAUGGUCAACCUUUGGAGGUUCAGAGGUUGCGUUGCAGAGUCAAUUUUAGUGCUCUUAGAUUUACUUCUCAGAUUGAGGAGUUAGGCAGAAGGGUGAUCAAGCUUCUGAGGCAAAAUGGCCCUUUUUUGGUGCUUCAUCUGAGGUAUGAGAUGGACAUGCUAGCAUUUUCUGGCUGUACGCAAGGUUGCAACAGCGAAGAGGUGGAAGAAUUGACAAGGAUGAGAUAUGCUUAUCCUUGGUGGAAAGAAAAAAUAAUUAAUUCUGAUUUGAAAAGAAAAGAUGGUUUGUGUCCUUUAACUCCUGAGGAGACUGCCCUUACACUUAGGGCCCUAGACAUCGAUCAAAACAUUCAAAUCUACAUCGCAGCCGGGGAAAUAUAUGGUGGGAAAAGGAGAAUGGCAAGUCUUGCGAAGGACUAUCCAAAAUUGGUUAGAAAGGAAACACUGUUGGAAUCAUCUGACCUUCAGUUCUUCCAAAAUCAUUCCUCCCAGAUGGCGGCAUUGGAUUACCUUGUCUCAUUAGAGAGUGAUAUCUUUGUGCCUACAUAUGAUGGAAAUAUGGCCAAAGUAGUUGAGGGCCACCGCAGAUAUCUUGGCUUCAAGAAGACGAUUUUAUUGAACAGAAAGCUCCUGGUUGAUUUGAUAGAUCAAUACAGCAAUGGAAUAUUGAACUGGGAUGAAUUCUCUUCAGCUGUGAAGGAAGCUCAUGCCGAUCGCAUGGGUGGUGCAACCAAAAGAUUGGUAAUCCCUGACAGGCCCAAAGAAGAGGAUUAUUUCUAUGCCAAUCCAGAGGAAUGUUUAGAACUGUCAGAUGAUAUGUUGAGUAGUACGUGAGUGAUGUGUUUGGAAAUAAGAUAAUUUACUUGUGCCCUCUCCUGGUGCACUUGGUUUUCUACCACGGAUACUAAGAUAGGUCUCGACGCAGUUUAGCAAAGACAACGACAGCUUUUUGUAUCAGAGAGGCAGUCAUAGUACUGUUAGAAGGGGGAGGGGUGUUAGGCUUUUCAUGAAAGCAAGAGAAGAUCAAGCAAGGUAGCCGAGGGAUACCUUAUAUAUAAAAUCUGCAAAUAAUCCACAUCACAUUCAUGUAUAGAAGCCACACCCUGCCAUUACAGGGUAAGAGCAGAUCAAACUGCAUUGUACACGGAGGGAUUCAUAUACAAAUUUGGAUUUCUGGAACAGCAGUUCGUGGAAGCUUUAUUCCUUGGUACCUCUCAUUUUUUCCUUCUCUUCUAAAUAUAAAUAUAUUAUAAAUUGCUUUUUUUUUUUUUUUUUUUUUUUUUUUUCCCUUUACCACACUUCUUUUUGUUCAAUACAACCGUUGUGAUUUCAGAUUACCCUCGCUGUAAAAUUUGAUUGUUCAUGAUUACUGUCUCCUAAUGUAUUAGCUUUUGGUAGUAAUUAUUAAGGGGAUUGGUAGGUUGGACUUUCCUUUCA